AUGGUCAACGCCAGGUUCCUCUCCCUCGCCGCUCUCUUCAGUGCUCUAGGAAGCACGCAACAACUCCUUCUACAAAACUCCUCCUCUGCUUGUUCCGAUAUCUUUUCUACUUUCACAUACCCCAACGUCACUCUGAACUUCGCAAGGUAUAUCCCAACUGGAACAAAUCUUUCAUUCGAACAGAAUUCCGAACUGGCAACAUGUGGACGCGCAUCCCAAGUCGUCCCCGUGGAUCUCUGCCGUGUCGCGAUGUCCGUAGCGACUUCCAAUCGCUCGGAGAUCACCCUUGAAGCCUGGCUGCCGACCAACUGGAGCGGUAGAUUCCUGGCUACGGGAAAUGGAGGUUUGGACGGAUGUAUCCAGUACGAGGACAUGGCAUACGGAACGUCUUUCGGAUUCGCGACUGUAGGGGCGAAUAACGGCCAUAAUGGUACCAGCGGCAAAGCAUUCUACCGGAAUGAAGAUGUGGUGAUCGAUUUCGCCUGGAGGAGCUUGCAUACCGCGACCAUUGUCGGGAAAGCCCUCACCAAAGCCUUUUAUCAGCAAGAUUACAAGAAGUCGUACUAUAUCGGCUGCUCGACUGGCGGGAGGCAGGGUUUCAAAAUGGCUCAAGAUUUCCCGGAUCUCUUUGAUGGAAUCGUUGCUGGUGCGCCGGCUCUCGCUUUCAAUAAUCUGAGCAGCUGGAGCGGACAUUUCCUGCCCAUCACGGGCUCAAAUACCAGCGAGAGAUUCGUUCCUCCAUCGAAAUGGGCGAUCGUACACCAGGAUGUUUUGAGACAGUGUGAUGAGCUCGAUGGCGUAGAAGAUGGCAUUCUCGAGGACCCGGCACUCUGCGCUUAUACGCCCGUGUCGCUGCAAUGUGCUUGCAAUGCAACGAAUACGAGUGCCUGUCUCACCACGCCGCAACUGCAGACAGUAUCGAGGGUUCUGGCAGAUUAUUAUGGAUUGCGUGGAGCGAUAGUGUACCCGAGAAUGCAACCUGGCGCCGAGGAGCUGGCGGCGAACAUUGAGUUCAAUGGGCAAUCGUUCCCAUACACCCAGGACUGGAUCCGGUAUGCCGUAUUAAAUGAUCCUACAUGGGACCCAUUGACACUGAACGCCUCUUUGGUGGCGUAUGCAGCUGCGAAGAAUGCCGGGAAUAUUAGAACUUGGCAUGGUGAUCUUUCGCCUUUCAAGAAGAGCGGCGGCAAGUUGUUGCAUUACCACGGUCAGAUGGAUCAGAUCAUCACAUCAUUCAACUCGCCGCGGUAUUACCAGCAUGUUGUCGCCAGUAUGGGUCAGCCAUCGGCAGAGCUAGAUUCGUUCUAUCGCUUCUUCCGAAUCGGCGGGAUGGAGCAUUGCGGUGGUGGCAUCGGGGCUUGGAGUAUUGGGCAGGGAGCUGUUGCUGGUGCUUCCAACAAUGUUACCAGCGAUCCGCAGUACAACGUCCUGCAGAGAAUCAUUGACUGGGUCGAAAAGGGCGAUAGCGCUGCACCGGUAUCGUUGUCGGGUGUCAAGUAUGUCGAUGAUGACUCGAGCAAAGGCGUGGACUUCGUGAGGAAGCACUGCAAGUAUCCGCUCAGAAACUUCUGCAAGGAUCCGAAGCGGUACAAGGAGGCGGAUGCUUGGGAGUGCAUUCCAUGA